ACAUACAACAACAACAUGACCGAAAAUCGAUAACACCUACCAAACGACCUCGCAUCCACCAUGGAGCUCGAGGACUUCGCCACCAAGGAGCAGGUUGUCGACAACGUCCCCAAGCGCAUCAAGUCGCUGCAAUUCGGUCUGCUCAGUCCGUCAGAUGUGAUUGCGCAGUCCGUCGUCAAUGUCGCCGACCGGAAUCUCUACGAUCUCGCUCUGACGCAGGGCGGUCCACGGACUAUUACGAAACAUGGGCCUCUGGACGGGCGCUUGGGCACUUCAGCAAAAAAUGGACAGUGUGGCACCUGUGGUCAAGGAUUGAAAGAAUGCAACGGCCACUUUGGGCACGUGAAGCUGGCUUUGCCGUGCUUUCACUAUGGCUAUCUGAAGAGGAUCAUUGAGGCCAUGAACUGCGUGUGCAAGGAUUGUAGUAGGGUACUAUUGCCAGAGCAAGAGAAGCGAAACUACCUAAAGGCACUGCGGCGGCCUGGCCUAGAUGGCCUGCGCAAGGAUGUGAUCACGAAGAAGAUUUCAGCCGAAUGCAGAAAGGUCAAGGUGUGUCCGCAUUGUGGGGCAUACAACGGUCCCGUGAGGAAAGUGGCAGGACAUCCUAUCAAGAUGUUCCACAACAAAUAUGCCAUCUACACCAAUUCCAACGCCAAAAGUAAGGUCAAGCCACCGGAGAUGCAGGCUUUCGAGAAGACAUUCGAAGAGGCUAUUAAAGUCGACAAGGAAAUCGAGCGACACAUGAAGCGUGUUGCUGACGACUUGACUCCUCUCCGUGUGCUGAACAUCCUGAAGAAGGUUCCCAACACCGACGUGGAAUUGCUAGGAAUGGAUCCUCACAGUGGCGGAAGACCCGAGUAUAUGAUCUGGACUCACAUUCCUGCACCACCGGUUGCUAUUCGGCCGUCUGUGGCCCAGGAGACUGCGAGCACCGAGGACGACAUUACAAAUAAGCUGGGAGACAUCAUCCAAGUCAGCACGCUGAUUGCUGCCACCAUCAAGGCUGGUCAACCUCUGUAUAAGGUUAUGGACAUGUGGGAGUUUCUACAAGUGCAAAUCGCCAUGUAUAUCGAUGGCAAUCUGCCAGGGCUUGGCAGAGACAGCGCAUAUGGCAAAGCCAUGCGAGGCUUCUGCCAGAGACUGAAGGGUAAGCAAGGACGCUUCCGAGGAAAUCUCUCUGGCAAGCGUGUCGACUUCUCCGGGCGUACAGUCAUCUCUCCCGAUCCCAAUCUUGCAAUAGACGAAGUCGCUGUGCCGUCUCGCGUGGCGGUGAUCAUGACUUAUCCGGAACGCGUGACCAAGCACAAUUAUGAGAAGCUCAAGGCUUGCGUCAAACGAGGUGACAAGGUGCAUCCCGGUGCCAACUUUGUGAUCAAAGGUCGCGAUAAGCGGCGUCUCGUUCUCAAGGUAGUUGGCCAGAAGGGAGACCUGAAGAAGGUAGCAGAUCAACUAGAAAUUGGCGAUAUUGUCGAGCGACAUCUGGAAGACGGUGACAUUGUGUUGUUCAACCGACAACCCUCUCUACACAAGCUGUCGAUCCUGUCUCACAGAGCAAAGAUUCGACCUUGGAGGACCUUUCGCCUGAACGAAUGUGUGUGCAAUCCGUACAAUGCCGAUUUCGACGGCGAUGAGAUGAACCUCCACGUUCCACAGACUGAGGAAGCGCGCACAGAAGCAACUGAGCUCAUGGGCGUCAAGAACAACCUCUCCACGCCCAAGAAUGGAUCGCCAAUCAUUGCUGCUAUCCAGGAUUUCAUUACUGGUGCAUAUCUUAUCAGUCAAAAGGAUCGUUUCUUCAGCCGCAGACAUUUCACACAUGUGGUUGGGUUUAUGUACAACGCCAUGCAGGCGAAAGACCCGUACACUGGUAAGGAGUAUCCUAUCGUAAUACCGCCUCCUGCUAUUUGGAAGCCGCAGGCACUAUGGACAGGCAAGCAGAUCUGGAAUCUGCUCAUCAAACCACACCCAGACUACCCAGUCAACGUCAAUCUCGAGGCACGACUGAAACAGUACGCGCCUCCUACUCGUCCAAACGAUAUCCCCGAUAUGGUGGACACCGACUCGUAUCUCGUGAUUCGCAAUAGUGAGGUAAUGUGUGGUGGCUUCGACAAGGCCACCAUUGGUGAUGGCAAGAAAGACAGUCUGUUCUAUGUCAUCAUGCGAGACUUUGGCGCCGAUUAUGCAGCCGCUGCCAUGACACGCCUCGCAAAGCUAUCAGCUCGCUGGCUCGGCGAGCAGGGGUUCUCCAUCGGCAUCAGCGAUGUCUACCCCAGUGAAAAGUUGACGAAGAGAAAACUGAACCUGGUCGAGACGGCCUACAGGAAGUGUGAUGAGAUCAUCCACAAGUUCAAGACAGGAAAGCUCGAGCGUAGCGCUGGUUGUGACGAGGAACAGACUAUGGAGAUCAUGCUUUCUGGUAUCUUGAGUAAAGUCCGACAAGAAUGUGGCGACGCUUGUUUUGCCGAACUGAGUAAGUACAAUGCACCUAUGACCAUGGCCAAGUGCGGUUCCAAGGGUUCCAACAUCAACGUGUCGCAAAUGGUUGCUGUCGUCGGGCAGCAAAUCAUUGGCGGUAAGCGUGUCCUCGAAGGCUUCCAGGAUCGGACUUUGCCGCACUUCUUGAAAGCCAGCCCAGAUCCUCUCGCGAAGGGCUUCGUUUUCGACAGUUUCUUCAGCGGCCUCACGCCUACAGAAUUCAUCUUCCACGCCAUGUCUGGACGUGAAGGUCUGGUCGAUACAGCCGUCAAGACUGCUGAGACAGGUUACAUGUCUCGAAGGCUUAUGAAGAGUUUGGAGGACCUGAGCGCCCAGUACGACCUGACGGUGCGGAAUUCCUCGGGCGGUAUCGUGCAGAUGAAAUUCGGAGACGAUGGUCUUGAUCCCGUGGACAUGGAAGGCAACGCCAAGCCGAUCAACAUGGACAGGACUUGGUCUCACUCCGUCGAAAGCACGUGGGACAACAGCGAAGCCUGCUUGACAAAGGAUGAGAUCGAGACGUAUACCCAUACAGUACUCAAUAAGGAGCGUGCCAAGCUGGGACGAUACACCGACGAUGGACAAGCUCUGGAGUAUGCAGACGAGCGUGCCAAGAGUACCGACCAGCUCGAGUAUUCAAGACAAUUUCUUGACGACGUCACAAACUAUGUCUUUACAAAGACCAAAAAGAUGACCAGAUCUCAUGAAAAGCUGGCAAACAGUGACGCUGUCUUUAGGAUCACUCAGUCAGCACUUCAAACAUUCUUGCAUUUGUGCAUGCUCAAGUUCGAGAAAUCGAAGGUGGAAGCUGGACACGCGGUGGGUGCUGUCGGCGCGCAGUCUAUCGGUGAGCCUGGCACGCAAAUGACGUUGAAGACUUUCCAUUUUGCUGGUGUCGCCGGUAUGUCCAUCACACAGGGUGUUCCUCGUAUCAAGGAAAUCAUCAAUGCAAGCAAAGUCAUCAGUACGCCCGUUAUUACUUGCCACCUGGACUCUCCUUAUGAAGAUAUGGCCGCACGUUUCGCCAAGGCACUGAUGGAGAAGACGUACUUGGGAGAUAUAGUGGAUUACGUGGAAGAUGUCUGGCAUGCAAACGGGUGUUAUAUCAACAUGCGUGUCAACUGGCAGCAGAUUGGCAAUUUGGGGCUUCGUAUCGGUAUGGAACAUCUUCUGGAUGCAAUUGAGCGAACCAAGGGCUUCAAGACACUGGGCGUGUCCGCGAGGAACUCUGGUUAUAACCAUAUCCGCGUCAACAUCAGCCUUCCGGAGAAGGAGCGAUCUCGACGUCAAACCUCCGCUUCCAAGGGUCGUAUCACCGAGUCGGACGGCUCCGAGCUCAUGUUCAUGCAAGUGCACACCCUGAAACGGAAACUACCUGAGGUCGUGGUCAAGGGUUAUCCCGACGCGCAUCGUGCCAUUAUCAAAAAGGACGACAAAAAGGAUCGCAAUGGCAAGGAGCCAAUAUCUGUAUUCGUGGAAGGUUAUGGUCUGAAACAGUGCAUGACGACCGACGGCGUCGACGGCUACCGGACGAAGUCCAAUAACGUUAUGGAAUGUCGAGAUGUGCUUGGCAUUGAGGCUGCUCGAAAGACGAUUAUUGACGAGAUUGAUGCUGUCAUGGGAUCCAUGGACAUCGACCCUCGUCAUAUGCAGCUUCUUGCCGAUGUGAUGACCUAUAAAGGAGAAGUCCUUGGGAUCACUCGAUUCGGUCUCGCUAAGAUGCGAGACAGCGUGCUACAGCUGGCGUCCUUCGAGAAGACUCCAGACCACCUGUUUGAGGCCGCAGCCAAGAUGAAGAAGGACGACAUCGAAGGUGUGUCGGAGUGCAUUAUUAUGGGCCAGAGCAUGAGUGUCGGCACGGGAGCCAUGAAGGUCGUCCGGCCGCUUCACCUUGAGGGGUUGGAGAACGUGGCGAGUACGCUCAGUUUCAGAGCGGAAGUGAAGUCUUCCACAGGUACGAGGAAGGAUCGUCUGAAACAGAGAAGGACGAAGCUCAUGCCUGCUAUGACGAACGGACACGCUGUGGCUGCUGCGGGAUAGCACUGGCUGUGGUAGUAGUAUAGCGGGGCGUUGGGUUCAGACACCCAAACAUGGUAGGACGAACGUAUCAACAAGAAAUUUCCUGCAGCCAUCUCUCAUGGCGCCCAUGGGGCCAUGGGGGGAGUUAUUCAAUACACCGAUACGACACAAGACGACCGAGGCCAUCCAUGGUGACCUACCCAAUAUGCGACAGUACGAGACGGAGUGAUACACUGGAUAGCAGCUGCUGUGUGAUAUUGAAUCGGCUUCUUCCGACUGAGGGACCCUUAAUACUCCAUGGCAUCGUGCCGCCGCGAUCGCCAUAUGGAGCGUUAGCGAAAAAAAAAGGGUUAAUAUCUCUCAACUGCAGCAACUUUCGACCCAUCAACAUCGCUAGACAUUGAAUGAGUGAAGUAGGAUGGAAAUAUUUCCC